AAGAUGUCUAAUAUCAUUUCGCCCGUACACCAUUAUUUGCAUCGUCCAUCUUCGUUCCUGCGGGCUGCGACAAUUGGGAUUCAUUCGUCCAUUAUUUAAGUCAAGGCACGGGCGAAAAAUUAACUACCAACCAUGUUGUCCAGAUUGGCUCUACGUUCAGAACUAUUCCGAGUAGCACCACUGUGUGCUAGUGCCGUGCGCACCACUCAAACCAAACCGGCAGUCACUGGCACUAAUGAAUCAAUCAUUGUACCGGGAUUCCCAAAACCUAAUGGCUUACCUCAACCAAAUCCAUUUGACGGUCCUGAACGUGAUCUGGUGAACUUUCCCAGAUUGGUGAGGUUAGAAGAACCAGCUAAAACUAGAUAUUUGUUCGUGCCCGAAGAGUGGUUUGAAGUAUUUUACAAAAAAACUGGAGUCACAGGUCCAUAUGUUCUUGCUGCUGGUAUCACGACCUAUGUACUAAGUAAAGAAAUAUGGGUAGUUGAACAUGAGUUCCCCUAUGUAUUAGCUACAAUUGGUUUGUUUUAUGUUGGAUGGAAGAAAUUCGGAGCAUCUUUAGCUGAUUUCCUUGAUAAAGAAAUUGAUGAAUAUGAAGCAUCUUGUAAUGCUAGUCGUAAAGGUGAAAUUGAUGGUUUAACAGAAAGCAUUGAAAACCAAAAAACAGAAGUAUGGAGAACUGAAGCUCAAAAACAUGUAAUUCAAGCUAAGCGGGAAAAUGUAGCUAUUCAGUUGGAAGCUAUUUACCGUGAACGAGCUCUUCAAGCCUACAACCAGGUGAAAAGGCGUUUGGAUUAUCAAUUGGACUUGGCUAACCUGACACGCACUGUACAACAAAGACAUAUGGUUAACUGGAUCAUUGAAAAUGUUCUGAAGUCUUUAACAAAUGAACAAGAAAAGCAAAGUUUCAAAAAAUGCAUGGUAGAUUUACAAGCAUUAGCUGCAAAAGCAUAAAUGCAAUUUCAUUUAGUGCCAUUUUUUAGAAUAUUGUUUAAUGGUAAAUAAUUAAACUCCAAACAUAUUUACAUUCUUCAAUAUAAAACUCCUUUAACGGUAGAUUUCAUGAUAUUCAUAUGAAAUAAAAAAAAAAAAUAAUAAUUUUUUGUAAAUGGUAUUAUUAUUAUACACAAUAGUUAAAUUGAUAAUGUUUAUAUAUUCUAAUUAUUACACUAAAAAAUAAAUUAAAUUUUACCAUUACAGAA